CACUACCUCGGGUUGGGUGAAGGCUACUCUUGUCGGGGCGGGCGGCGGAAUGGCGGCGCUUUACGCUUGUACCAAGUGCCACCAGCGGUUCACCUUCGAGGCGCUCAGUCAAGGGCAGCAGCUCUGUAAGGAAUGUCGAAUUGCGCAUCCAAUUGUUAAAUGUACCUACUGUAGAACUGAAUUCCAGCAGGAGAGUAAAACCAAUACAAUAUGCAAGAAGUGUGCUCAGAAUGUGAAACUUUAUGGGACGCCAAAGCCAUGCCAGUACUGCAAUAUAAUUGCAGCAUUUAUUGGCAACAAGUGCCAGCGGUGUACGAACUCAGAGAAGAAAUAUGGGCUGCCCCAUUCAUGCGAACAGUGUAAGCAACAGUGUGCCUUCGACAGGAAGGAUGAUAGGAAAAAAGUAGAUGGGAAGUUACUCUGCUGGCUUUGCACACUCUCCUAUAAGCGAGUGCUGCAGAAAACCAAAGAACAGCGUAAGCAUUUAAACUCCUCUCGGACAAGCUUGCUGGAAAAGGAGCAAUAUGAUCGACUUAACUGUGGAAGCCACUAUAAUAGCCACAAAACCUUAUCUACAUCUUCUAUUCAGAAUGAACUCCCAAAGAAAAAACCCAAGUUUGAUGCCAUAUCAGCCAAUGGGGACAGUUUUUCUCCAGACCUUGCCUUGGAUUCCCCUGGCACCGAUCAUUUCGUCAUCAUAGCCCAGCUGAAGGAAGAAGUCGCCACUUUGAAGAAAAUGCUGCACCAGAAGGAUCAGAUGAUCCUAGAGAAAGAAAAAAAGAUAACAGAACUGAAGGCUGACUUGCAGUACCAGGAAUCCCAAAUGCGGGUGAAAAUGAACCAGAUGGAAAAAACUCACAAAGAAGUUACAGAACAGUUGCAGGCCAAGAACCGAGAGCUCCUGAAACAAGCUGCAGCUUUAUCCAAGGGCAAAAAAUCUGAGAAAUCAGGAGCAAUAACUUCCCCUUAAACUCAGGAGAUCUCUUGCCCCAAGAUGUCUCCCAUGGUUCAAGAACCACACCUGGAUUGCUACUCGUACGGACAUGACAAAAUCCUUCGAGAUUGGCUAUUCCACAGAGUGUGCCAGUGCUGGUUUAUAAAAUCUCCUCCUCCUGUCACAGGACAGUGAUGAGAAUGAUUGGGAGGCUUGGUCCUCCUGUCUUCCAGACUCAUGAACAAGCCCUUUUUAAUUUAGCCAUUUCUCUCCGACCAUUUUUACCAUCACUGCCUUGGGAUUGAUGAAGCAAGAGGGCUGCUUGCUGAUCGGACCUUCUUCAGGAUUCUGCUUUUCUACUUCACAGGAGACCUAAAGUGGCCAGAGCCUGUUUUAAAAGAAUUUCUAAAGCAUUUUAAAAUGAAAAUUCUGCUUAUUUUCCCUCAGUUGUUGAGGACAGCUUGAGACCUUUUCUCUCAGGUUUGUAAAUUGAGAAUCAAGUUUCAACCAGCAAUUCUUGAGCUUCUAAAAAUUCAAGAGUUUUUUGGCAAAAUAGUUGAAUAUAUACUCAUAUGGAGGACCAGAGGUUAUGAAUUAAUGUUUUGCUCAUGUUUUUAUGUUUCUUUAGGUAGCACUUUUUUAGGCUGGCUAAACAGCUUUUUGUCAUUGAUAUGUUGAGAGUGAUAUCAGGAAUCAGAAGUAGGCUAAAACUACUUUUCAGGUACAUGAAAAGUGAAUGGGUGAUGAAUUCAAUUAGUAACAAGUAUACAACUAUGCAGCUUUUCUUAAUAAAAACAAAACAACCAUUCUGACUUCCUUGGCAACAGGAUAAAGGGAAUUGGGGGGAAAUGCUGAAACUAGAGGACAAAGAUUUUCUGGAAUCUUGAUCUAAAAGAAAAAGACACCCUCCAGUCAGGUUUUAUGUGGCUUGCAAGAAAAUGAGAUGGCUUUAAGUGCUGGGAGAGCACUCUAAUGCCUGUGAACAUAGAGAUGAAAAGAAUUCAGUGACUUUUUCAACUCUGGCCCUCGUGAACUUCCUGGGAAAUGGUAAGUUUCCAAAAGCAAUGAGAAACUAGUUUGUUUUCAAUUUGCUCCAGGCUAAACUGGGGGGGGGGAGAGAGAAGGGGUGUGUGUGAAGAAAAUCAUUGCAAAGAAAUCCUCACUCAGCAAUUUGAGAUGAGAAAAUCACCUUUUUUUAUAUAAGAGAAGAAACCUGCUGCUGCUGUUGAGUUUCUGGUGAUUAUCUUUAAGAAAAAAGGAAGACAACCUUGAAUGUGGAAGUGUGCAGAAAUUGAUACUGCACUGCAGGUUGUUUAUUUUUUUAAUCUUUUGCUCUUUUUGGUAAGAACCCAUUGCCUAAGAAAGAGCAUACUAAAUAGAACCUAGUUUUUAUACCUAAUAUAUUUUUAGAAAGAAUUGAUUCAUAGAUAUUUAAGUAGAUUGUUUUCUAGCAAUCUCCCCCUCCCCCCCCCACCUCCCAAUUAAGAGAUAGUGAUAUUUCUGGAACAAUCUAGGUGUUGUUUUUUUCCCUUCAUUGUGACAGUUCAAUCAUGCAUUAAAGUGGGUGCUUUACCGUGAUGUUCUUUCUGAAAUGUAUUGUUGAUUUGUACAAAAGACAUGCUAAAAUAUGCAUCUGGGGGAAGGGGGAAUCUUACAGCAGCUUUUUGUUUGGAUAUUUUGUGUAUGCCUUUCUGGGUUGAUUCAGCCAAAAUAAGCUUUAUUUUCUUUCUCUCUGAACUUGGGCUUGGUUUAGCAUUGCUGUCCUCAUGAAGCACAAAGAGCUUCGGUGCUAGGGUGGAAUUCACUAUCUGUAGCAAAUUAAACAUUAUUUUUUCAUAAUUAGGA